AUGGCAGACGGCGAGUCGCGGCAGGUAACGAGAUGCGGCAGUGUGCGACUGCGAGUGCUGUCAGGCGGCGUCGAGACGACUGUGCGGAUCACGGGCGUCUUUCUGGACUUGUGUCUGGUGAAGAACAUCGUGUCAUACGGCAAGUUGGAGUGGAAGUGUUUUGCGCUCGCCUACGACGGAAAACGUUGCACUCUGACUCGACGCAGCGACGGCGCGAUCAAUUUUGACGUAGCGAUGGAGAGCAACGUGCUUUACGUACAAGAUACAACCGCGACACGUCAGUGUGGCGCGCAUGACUCCAUUAUGGAGACGCUAGAGGCAGAAGACGCGACUGAUGUUGCGGGGAUGCGCAAGAAGAAACUCUGCUGCAUUUCCACCAGCGCUUCGGCCAUCUCGCGCUCAACACGAUCGGGCGCAUGGCAAAAGAGCCAGCAUCGAAUAUUCGGCUUACGACCAGCAACAGUCGCGCAGCGUGCGUAUUCUGUAUGGAGGGAAAUUAGACGCGAAACACGCAGCAGCAGGACAGCUGAAUGA